AUCUUAAUUCUUAUCCAAGGGAAAAUAAAAACCUAGUUACAUUUUUCCUUGCUGAAGAAAUUCUUUAAAAUGGCAGAUCAAGGGAAGAAAGCCGAGAUCUUUGAACUCGACAAUGGCUCAAUGCAUGUCAAAAUUACAAAUUAUGGUUGUACAAUCACUUCUUUAUUAGUUCCUGACAAAGAUGGAACACUUGCUGAUGUUGUAUUGGGAUUUGACUCUAUUGAUCGUUACCUGCAAGGAGCCGGAUCAUAUUAUGGUUGUAUUGUGGGUCGUGUUGCAAAUCGAAUCAAGGAUGGGAAGUUCACACUAAAUGGAGUUGAGUACUCUUUGCCUGUGAAUAAUCCCCCAAAUAGUCUCCACGGUGGAAACAAGGGAUUCGAUAAACGGAUAUGGGAUGUAGUAGAAUACAAGAAAAAUGAUACUCCGUCCAUUACUUUUAAGUAUCAUAGUCGUGAUGGCGAGGAAGGUUAUCCUGGUGAUCUUUUGGUCACUGCAACAUAUACUCUCACCUCCAAGACAACCAUGAGGCUUGACAUGGAAGCUGUGGCGGAGAAUAAGGCAACUCCGGUUAAUCUUGCUCAACAUACAUACUGGAAUUUAGCAGGGCACAAUUCCGGUUCGGUGCUUGACCAUCAUAUCCAAAUUUGGGCAAAUUACUAUACCCCGGUGAAUGAGAACAUUAUCCCCACAGGGGAAAUCUCCCCAGUUAAAGGCACUCCAUUCGAUUUUACUUCAGAAAAGAGAAUCGGUCUGGAUAUUGAUAAAGUUGGCAUGGGUUACGACCACAAUUACGUGCUUGAUUGUGGGGAAGAAAAGAUGGGAUUUAAGCAUGCUGCUAGAGUCACUGAACCGUCCUGCAAAAGGGUGCUCGACAUCUGGACUAACGUGCCUGGCAUGCAAUUCUACACGGGCAACUAUGUGAAUGGAGUUACUGGGAAAGGAGAGGCUGUUUAUGAGAAACACGCAGGACUUUGUCUCGAGACCCAAGGAUUUCCGAAUGCUAUUAACCAACCAAAUUUCCCUUCUAUUGUUGUCGAGCCUGGUAAAAAAUAUCAGCAUAGCAUGUUGUUUGAGUUCUCAACUGCAUAGACUGCACCGUUUUCUUUCUCUGGAACAGUCUCUUUUUGCAAUUCCUAAAUAAUAUGUUUCGCCUGUGUCACUACUUAUGCACUCAGAUUUGGUACAUACUUUCUCAGCCCCUUUGAGUUUGUGACUGAACAUCAAAAAACGUUCACUUCGAUUGUGUUAUGUAACAAAUUGAAAGGAACAAUAACGAAAAGCAGGCGAUUAUCUUAA